AUAUAUACAGUCGUGGUAUCGACUGUAGUUGUUAUUAGUAUAUUCUUAAUAUUCCUAUCAUAGACUAUAGAGCAAGUUCUGACUUCUAAUUCUACUAGAUUCAUUGCAUUAUAAAUACGCAACAGUUAACAUAAUAAUAUUUUGUAUUGAACUACAUCAAUAAUUACAACAUUGUGAAUUUAGUGUACAACAUUAUUUGGUGUAUAUUUCCUUGUCGAAAGAGAUGAUCAAAAAUGAUAAAAGAAAAUACUGAAGUUAUAAAACCACCUGAAAAAGUUGAUGACUUCUUGUUGUCACUGUUUAAAGCAUUGGACAGGCAGAAAUCUAAAGAUGAUCGUAAAAUAGUGGAAAAAAAAGUGGUUGUUCGGAGGUUGCCUCCAACUAUGACUGAAGAAAGAUUUCUCAAUGAAGUGUCUCCUCUGCCUGAAUUCAAUUAUAUGUAUUUUAUACCUGGUGAUCUGCAUGCAGUACCAUUUCAUCAUUCAAGGGUGUAUAUAAAUUUUCUUAAAGAAGACGAUAUGUAUAUGUUUACAGACAAAUUUGAUGGCUAUGUAUUUGUUGAUGACACUGGUGACGAGUAUCCAGCUACUGUUGAACUAGCACCUUACCAAAGGAUACCAAAAAAGAAAUUAGAUAAAGAUGCAAAUUGGGGUAAGAUACACGAGAACCCAGUGUUCUUAGAGUUUAAACGUAAUUUUGAACAGAAGACUAUCGAUACCACAUUAAAAACUACACAACACUUUUUUGAAUCCGUUGAAGAUAAAUCUCAAGAACAGGACUUGAGUACACCAUUACUUGAAUAUUUAGCAAAGCAAAAUGAUAAGCAACGUGUACGAGUAAAUCAAAGGGAUGAACGUCGUAAAAAAGUAUUUAUUAAAAAACAGGAAAAAGAGGAUGUCUGGAGAAACAAAAAAGUGGAAAAAGAAAUUUUCAUUAAACCCAAACAAAUUACCAAAAGCAACACAAUCAGUAAAAGAGUAAUUGAUGAAAAACCAGUGAAAGAUACAAGCCAAAAAAAAAUUUUUAAAAGUCAUAAAGACGAUACAGGAUAUAUUGUUGAAAAAAACAAAUAUUAUGAUGAAAAUCAUAAAGUUAAAAGUGAAGAAACUAAAGUUGACGAAGUAAAAAAAAUAGAGAUUAAAAUUAAAACGGCCAAGCUGAAUAGUCCACUCAAAUGUUUUGAUAAUGAUUUAAAAGAAGAUAUUACUUCUAAACCUGAAAAAAUGAAUAUGGAUAUGUCUAAAGAAGAUAAUGAUAUAAAAAAGAAAUCGGAAACAUUGAGACCUGGACAUUCAGAAAUCAAAACUAGUGUUUCAACUAAACAUAAUAAGUGGCAUGAUGAUAAGGAAACAGUUGAAUCUGGUGAAACUGAAAACUAUAAAAAGCAUCGAUUUGAUACAGAUAAAAGAUUUUCUUACAAUAAACGAAUAGAUAAUCGCCGUCAAGAAUCCAAGACUGAUCGUCGCAUUAGAAAUAAGGAUCGUCCAGCUAUAGAAAUUUAUAGGCCAGGGAUGGGCAGAUUGAGUAAGUUAAAAGCAGAGAAUGAUAGUAUUGAACCAGAAGCUAAUAAGUAACAGUUCAACAUUUAAAUUAUACUUUACAAAAAUAAUGUACAUUCUUCUUGUAUUUGAUUUUUAAGCUAUUUCUCAAUAAUUUUCAUCUAACUAAAUUUUGUAACAUACAUUUUUUAGUAAUAUUAAAGAUUAAACGUAUAUGAAUCAUGGUAAA